GAGUUAUGACAGAGCUGGGUCGAAUGGUAUUUGUGGUAUAUCAUAGGUGUGUGUUUAUGUGGGAGCUAGGAAAGCCCGAAGUAAUGCAGGCUGUAGACUGUGUUUGGUAAUUUGAUGAACCCCACGAGCACGGAAAAAGAUCUCGUGUAGACAAGGUUCUCAUUGUCGAAUACUAAUAGCGUACAGAGGUUUGGCACAGGACCUUUGACGAAGAGGACCAUGUCUAAUUUAUGGUGCUGAAAGAUAGAUUAUUCGAAUCGGGUCAGCGCAUCCUGGCACGACGAAAGAACGAAGGCAUGCACCGUGUAGCGUCCUAGACCAGUGGUCCACCCGAGCCGUGACCCACAUACAGCAUCCAAACAAACGCAAUUAGCGCGCACGUUUUGCUGCAAUUGUGGAACUGUGUUGUUGGGGCGUACAUGUAGACCCCCCACAGCCCAUGUUUUUGUGACCUGAGAUGUGAUUAUGUGUGACCCGCAGGGGUUGACAAGAUGUCGUCUGCUGUGAACUCUCGACGACAGGUGACAAGUGUCCUCUCGGACUCCUCAUUACCAGGACAAUCGGCCGACGACCAACCAAACAAAACACAGUUGUAACAAGUAAUCCGGCCUAAGGGAACAAACACCAUUGGUAUUGUGCAAACGAGGUACAGCCUGCUUUCUGAUGUGGAAGAAAAAGCUUGAGUUAAUCCCGAUUGGCCGAUAAUAACCUCGUCAGCGGACAAAUUGACGGGAUUAGAUACUCUCUGAGACGGAUAGCCUGGACCAAGUCUAUGCUUGUAGUGUUGGAUUGUAUGAACAGUGUUUGAAAUGCAUGUGAGAUGACAAGCAGAAAUUGUAGGCUUGCCUUUGAACCUGUUGACGUCUGCUUGUGAUUUUUUGUCUGCUACCAAGAGAAGAUGCUUGCUACAAAAGAAGUAGGUGUUUAAAUAUGUGUGAGCAAGGCUGAAGGGGCUCUUACGUGUUAGGAGUUCCACCUAAUCAUCCCCUCUUCAAGGAUUUACAAUAGUCGGGAGUCAAGAUAUGCUAGGACCGAAGACGUCUGCUCCUCAAGAGCUUGGCUAAGAGCAGACGUGCACUGUUGAAACCUGAAUGUGUGAACAAGGACUGACCACUGUGUGGACAUGGCGGACUUUGAUCUUUGGGAAGCAUGUGCAAUGUCAUCACAAGGAUUUCACCUCAAUUGAACAUGUUAAUCAGAGGUAUAAAGAGAUAUGUUCUGUUUGACUUUGAAUUUAGAUCUUUGCUGUUUGAUGCUUAAACUAAUUGGAGACAUUUCUAAAUCUCACUCGUCUUCAUGUCUCCUGUGAAAUUACACUGUAUGGAGAAAAAGAGUUAAACCUUCUUUCCCUGGAGGAAUCACAAGUGGAUUAAAGUCCCGUCAAACUUAUGGCCUCUACGUAAGCAGACAAAUGGUGACCUUCAUUUCACUUAAGUGAGCUGAUGUCAAGAAGAAUGUAAGAGUGGAAGCAGUGUCCUUCAACUUUGACCCUGAACAAGAAGACUUGAUCUGUUUCGAAGAAUCACUAAACAUGGGAAGUAAGUGUCUUUCGGGGUGCUAUGUGUUUUACAUUGUGCUGUCUCUCCUGACGCACUUGGCAGAGCUGGUUACAAACACAAUGCUUGCAUACUUCCUGUGGAUCAGUGCCACAACACAGGACAGCUGGUUCAGUCUUGUAAUGGGGGUACUCCUUAUCCCUCUUGUGCUUGUACAGUUACUCUCUGCCAUAUUGCUCCUCAACAGAAAAGGAGAAAGUCUAACCACCUGUGAAGCCAUUGUCAUGGCAUUUCUUCAUAUCAUUCAAAUGGGAUUUAUAUGGAGACAUUUUACCGUGUUGCGAGAAAGGGACGUUCUGGUGAAAAAAGCUGAAAUGGCAGAAUUGUUUCUGUUAAGGCUGACUUUUGCGUUUGCAUCAGGAUUUCCAUUGAUGUUGAUACAGUGUUACCUUGUCCUGGAGAACAUAUCUUUCCCUGCUUACUGGAUAUUGUACGUAGCGGCAGGUUCCACUCUCCUUUCAACAACAUGGGCCUUGGGGAGUUUUCGUAGACAGCAUGAAACAUGUGAGACUGAAAAUAUUGUGCUAACCUGGCCGGGAUCUGUAUUUCGACUUUCGUGGCGUGCAGGUGAAAUUGCAGCCAGAAUAAUAUCCCUGUCACUUUUCGCAACGUUAUAUUCUCAGUGGUUAUUUUUAGUGAUUGGACUCCACUGGCUGACAAUGCUUGUUUGUGUGUGUACAUCCGUCUUCAGUGCAAUCAACGAAUCAAAUGGCAGCAAAGUUUACACAAUAUCAUUCCGCGUCCUUGUAGCUUAUAUGUACAUAUUUGCCUUCAUCAACUUCAGCCACCAGAGCUCCAUGUUCCGAUAUGUCAUGUUCUACAUCAUCAUGUUCCUUGAGAACACCACUCUCUGUCUCAUCUGGAUGGUUCAAGAUGCUGCAGGAGAAGAAGGGUAUCGGUACCUCCUUGUCUUCAUCACAGCAUCCUGCUUCUUUGUUGCCAUCGUCUCCCUGACAAUCUACUACAGGUUCUUCCACAUCAGCAUCUCUGAUGUACCAUCAGAGGCCAAGACGCUGGUCUGUGUAAAGGAUUGCUGCAUCAACUGUAAGCUAAGCCUAUGUGUUAAACAUAAAUUGAAAUUACAAAGACCAUUCAGUGCUGGUUGGUACAGCCAGUACAAUGAUGCUGUGUAUAAUGGUCACUAUUACAAGAACCUUCUCCAAGACUCCUUGCUAGACUCUGCCUCAGAAAUUGAUGUAAAGUCUACUGGAACAUAUCGAUCAUGUUUCUACAAGCCAGGGACGAUAUCAGAAGAAUCAAACACAUCUUUCGUAAGAGAUCCAGAUCAUUUGGAUGUUGAAAAGAGGUCAGUGGUCAGUUUCCAGUCUGUAGGAAUGUACAUGCACAGACGAUAUAUCAGCACAGAUGAAGACAUCCUUGAUGAUGACGAUGCUAGUUCUAUCCCAGCAUCACUGAGCCCAAGGCGAGCUGAUGACCACAUACUCAGUGAGUCCAGUCUCUCUAUCGGCAGUCCAAGAUGGAUACCUCCUCCGGGCCGAUCAGCCAGCCAGACAUGCCUCCUCACUGACACCUGGGACAGUAUCUCUCAACUGAAUUCUGAUGACCUUCACCCAUAUCCAAAUAUUCCAUCCUGUAGGUCCCUUCUCAGGGAUGACCAUAACUGGUAUUCAGAUGGUUACACGACAGACAAUACGCUUGUGUGGUCCAAACUUCCCGUAACGGAUCUCAGCAGGCACAGACCUGUUGUAAGCGAUAGUGAAAGUGAAUAUUACUGCCAUUGUCCCAAAACUACUAAGAAGAAAAUGACAGGUGUUCAACCUCCACGAUCCAAGGUACACAGGCAGGAGAGUUUAUCUGAAUCUGUAAAGGAGAAGUACAUGAACUGGUUCAGGAGGCCCACCGCCCUCCACACACCAGAUGCUUCCGAGGAGGAGAGAUCCGUUCAGGGUAAAUGUAAAUCUCGUAAACAUGGAAAGAAGGCUCCUGCUUGGACACUGGACAGCACAGACAAACUUGUGACAGAAAGUUUUGAGAAAUGGAGUAAAAGGUUUGGAGCUGUCCCAAGUCCAGACUCUAAUGGGAAACAUCAAGCUCCUCUGUUUGAUAUUUGUGAUCAGAUUGUACAGGAAAGUCUCACAGAGGCUCAACUUCAGGAAAGUGUCAAACAUACCUACCACAGUAUGGUCAGCUCAAGGGACAACACUGACCCUGAACAUGGACAUUUUGUGAAGGCCAAGAACAAAGGUCGUCGUGAAGCAAGGCAUGUGUGCCAUGUGACAGACAGUGAGUCUGAGACUCAACCUUGUGUGAGACCUCAUAGGAGCAGAAAGACGUCCCAUUCACCUUCUUCUAAAAUAAGUGUUUCAGACAGUAGUGUGACUGUAAGUAAACAUGGACCUCAGAGUGACAUCCUCACUUCUGUGGGUCCCCAUAAAACACCUGUCAUCAUUCAAACUCAGACACAAGUUGGUGUCAUGAACAUUCGUGCAAUGCAAAACGACAAAUCAAAAUUGAGCACCGAUUCUGGUGUAGGACAGCCUGAUUAUGAAAACGACUAUGUUCCGAUGAUGAGUCUUUUGAAGUGUGCAUCAAGGAGCAAGAAGGAAAACAUUUAUGAGAAUCAGGCAUAUAUAGGUGAUAGCGACGAGGUCUUCAUGGACAAUGUAGUGAAAGUGACGAAUGAAGGAUAUAGACGUCAAGGAAAUCUGAUGAGUGACGAGGUGUUUGUGGACAAUGUUUUGAAAUUAACUCCAGAGACGCCUUGGUAUGUUUGUAGUGAAUCAGAAGACAGCGCUCUACCGCAAGAAACAUUCAGCUCCAGUAAUUGUGGGAUGACCAACUCGGACAAUGAAAGUGAUGACAGUUUAGAACUCAUCAUUUGAAAUCUGAUAAUUAGUGUGACAUGAUGCGUGGAGUGACAAUGAUUUUAUGGAGAAAUAUAUGAAAAAAUAUGAUUGGAAGGAAAUCUAACCAAGAUUUUCCCAAAUCUUCCAAUUUUUCCAACCACAAAUCCUGUUAUUUUUGUCAAACACGUUUUUUUUUACCAAAGUCAAAACGCCUUAUAACCUACCUGGGUUGUCAUAAAAAUGCAUUUACUCAGAUUUUUCCUUUAGAAAAUUGAAGUCAGAAAAUGUGUGAAUGAAUUCUAUAUGUGUGAUAUGAGUGAUAUAUGAGUGAUAUUUAAUGUAUACCAUUGUUAAGCAUAAACACAAUCUGUACAUGGUAUACAUAUGUACAGAGCUCUAGGAAAUAUAUUCUGACAUUUACGUGCAACAUCUGUUUGUAUACUGAUGGUGUAAAUAAGAAAUAGAUACAUAUACAAAAUUGUAGAUUUCCAUGUUUGAAAAUCAGGAAUUUCCAUCUCAUUAAGACCUAAACAUUUCACCUCAUCAUUCACCUGAAUCUAAAAUAUAUGUUCUCUGGCAGUAUCCAGAGUAAAAAUAUAACUAUUUUUUAACACCGUAAAGUUUUAAUAUGAUGCAUACAGAAGUCAGUUUCAGAAAUAUUUUCUACAAGUCAAUACAUUGUAUGCUCAGAGUGAAGUUCAAUUUCAUGUUUACUGCAUUUGUUAAUUAUUCACAGUUCUGAAAUUGUUUCUUAUUUUUAUUUCUUAGCUGCUAAGAUAAUGCAGUUGUACAGGUGUCACAUUGUAGACAUUGUCUACCUGUUCCACUACUUUUGUUUGUGUUAGAUGCUGAUUGUACCGAUUAUACAUGUCUCAGGUUUUGUACCCAGAUGAUAUUGGAACUUAUUGAUCAGUUCAUGUUUAUGUUUGCAACGAAAUAAUAGGAACAUAGGCCAGACAAUUUAUUUCUUGUUUUGAAGGCACAAUGGCCCUUUGUUUUGCAAAAGUAUAAAUUCCUAAAAAAAAUCUGAUUGAUUAGAUGGUGUUUCUUUUAACCAGAGACCGUAAUUUGUUUAUGGUCUCUGUUCUGUUUUAUUUUACUUUUUUCUAUGUUUGUUACAAUUUUAUUUCAAGAAUUUUUUUAAAGGAAUUUUUCAAAUUUACCCUACUAUUUCUUUAUAUUUUUUAUGUAUUUUUUAAUUUAUAAAGUGAUCAAAAUCAUAAAACAAAAACACGAAGUGGUCUGGCCUAGGAAAACAAAAAGAACACAAAUAAUUAAGCUUGAAACAUACCAUUGAUAAAAGGCAAAAAUUUUCUUCAGCAAGGAAUAUAUCCUUGAAGUUGAGAUUUCUUACCUUGUCUAUAAUGUUGUUUUUAAGUUUUGAAUCAGACACAAAAAACAUUAAUGCUUCAUAGCAAGUUAUUAAUGAUUUUUAAAAAAGAAUCAGUAUCAUCUUUCUCCAAAAAAGAAGCAAAACAUACUGUUUUAUAUAUAUGUAUGACUUUAAACAAUAGAUCAUUGUUUAAAAAAUGGCAGAUAUCAUUAAGACUUUACUUCAUAACAUAAAAAUAGAGCAUGUAGACUUCACUAUGAUGACGACAUGGAUGGAAAGUCAGUCCCAUUGUAAGCAAAGCACAACUAGAUGACAAAGACUCACCAACCAGUCAGACAAGAGAUUACUUAACCCACUAAUAAAGCCUCAGAUUGACCCAGUACUACCAGGUGAGAACAAUAAUAACAGCAGGUCAUUGCUUAUCGCUGAUGAAGCAAAGUGAAGCUGAUGUCUCCAUCACCUCUGACCUCGUGAUCCUUGUCACCUUUGACCUCUUCAGGUUAAGAUGAAGUUUGAGUUUACAUUGAGUCUAUUAGCAUUAUUGUCCAAUAUUUUUUUCAUUAUCUUGAUUUUCUUUCUUUCUGAAGAAAUAUACAUUGUGGAAAUUUUGAUGUGAGAUUUUCUCCAUUUCUUUUAACAAGGUUGAAAGAUUUAUAGCUGAAGGAAAGGUUUUUAAGUUCAAAUUUCAAACUCUUUGGUAGUAUUUGUGAAAUGUGAACAAUUUACAUUCACAUUCAUGUUAUGAUGAACAAUUUCUGUUUCUUGGAGCAAGUUACCAUAUUGUUAUUCUCACCUGAUAGGCCAGGAUUGAUGGAUACACUAGGCAGUAUCUGUAGUAUUUAAAUAGAUCUAUAGCAUAUUAAAUGAUAUAUUGACCAUGCAGAUUUGUUGGGGAUGUUUGGACCAGCCUAAGCACAAAGGGCAGAAGAAGAUCCUAUAUAUGAUAAUUUAGACAUAAACUAUAAUCCCAUACCUAUCUAAGUCUGGUUAGUGUAGUUUUUAUUGGUAGACAUGACCAUGGUUCUAGGCUAUGAAAAUAGACGACCUGUCAGCUGAACUUUGGAUUCACGUGACCUGCAGAUUAUCGCAUCUAUCUCGGAUAUCUCACGAGGUAUGUAAUUGAUAGGUAGAGGUCAGCGAAUUGGGAUCUGUGAUAAGAUAUUUGUCUUACUCUUACUACAGAACAAUAUCCCAGCAAGGCUGGGCCAAUUAAUUCCUUGUUUGACUGAUUUUCUUGAGUCAGUAUGUUAAGAGGUAAACACAAACAAAUACAAAUAAUAUUAGGGUUAAUUUGAGAAAAAAUUAAGUAAAGUAAGCAUUAUAGCAAAUACAUUUUUUUUCAAAAUCAUAAUUUGUAAAUAAAAAACACCUUUUUAUUUUAUAUAAUACAUAUUGGUCUGGUGUAAUGGUCUUAGGAUUUGCUUGAGGAAAACAGGAGAAAAAUAUUUAAAAAAAUAAAAUUUGCUGAUCCAAAUUUGAAAUAAAUGUGGGAAUAGGGUUUUUGACUGUUAACCGAAAUAAUGAUAUAUACAAUCAACCACAAGAAAAGUGUCAAAUCCUGAACUCAUUCAAAGGAAUCCUAUGUAGCAGGUAAACGGCUUAUAAGAGAGUAUGAUGAUUAACAAGUUUACAAACUAAAUACUUAAUAAUAUAUAAUAUUCCAGUUUGUGAGACAUCUUCCACUGUAUCUCACCUACUCACCUCAAAGGACACACUGGAAACAAGAUGGCAGUAGUCCUUUGGACAGGCCUUUAUCUCAUUCAGACUAAAUCAAACAAAGGUUCUCAUUUGAAUGAAAUUGAGCAAUGUAGUUUCUUUAACCAAAAUUAGUAAGAAGCAUAUUUCAGUAUAAGAAGUUCAUGUCCAUGAACCGCAGGUUUCAUUUAAACCAGGUGGCUGUAUUAAGCACCAAGCUGGAGAUAUGUGAAUUUAUUGUUUUGUGCAAUGUUACUGUUUGUGUUGUGUUCUGUUAUUUUUGUAUUUAAUUGUUAUAUACUUAUACUAUUUCGUACAAGCACCUUGCUUCUUGUGUACACAAGUUAUGUGGAAUUUGUGAACACCAUGAAGGAACAUGAAUAAAAGAAUGAAAUACACUA